GGAGGGACUUAGGUCUCAGGGCCUUUCUGCGUCUGGUGACUUUGAGGACAGUACGGAGACCUAGUCUGCUUUCCACGGCGACGGGGGGUGGUGUUGCGGCGGAGAACGCUGGGCAUGGCAAGGAGAGAAAGAUUCUGCCUUGCUAAAGAAAGUGUGCAGAGUUUGGUCUUGGUUUGCUUCGGCUGGACAGUCGGUGGAUACACCGAGCUCGGGCUGUGGGGAGAGCUGACUGUAACCAGGAGAGGCGUGGCGUGGCCCACUGAGACUUUCACCUGACUCAGGGGGCUGCGCACCAAGCAGGAUGAGGCGGUUCCUGAGGUCAGGACAUGACCCCUCUCGGGAGAGGCUCAAGCGGGACCUCUUCCAGUUCAACAAGACGGUGGAGCAUGGCUUCCCGCACCAGCCCAGCGCCCUCGGCUACAGCCCCUCCCUGCGCCUCCUGGCCAUCGGCACGCGCUCCGGAGCCGUCAAGCUCUACGGCGCCCCCGGGGUGGAGUUCAUGGGCCUGCACCGGGAGAACAACGCCGUGGUGCAGGUCUGCUUCCUGCCUGGCCAGUGCCAGCUGAUCACCCUGCUGGACGACAACAGCCUGCACCUGUGGAGCCUGAAGGUCAAAGGCGGGGUGUCAGAGCUGCAGGAGGACGAGAGCUUCACACUGCGGGGCCCUCCAGGGGCUGCCCCCAGCGCCACACAGAUCACCGUGGUCCUGCCACAUUCCUCCUGCAAGAUGCUCUACCUGGGCACCGAGAGCGGCAACGUGUUUGCGGUGCAGGUGCCGGGCUUCCGCGCGCUGGAGGACCGGGCCAUCAGCUCGGACGCCGUGCUGCAGCGGUUGCCCGAGGAGGCCCGCCAGCGGCGGGUGUUUGAGAUGGUGGAGGCCCUGCAGGAACACCCCCGAGACCCCAACCAGGUCCUCAUUGGCUACAGCCGGGGCCUCAUCGUCGUCUGGGACCUUCGGGGCAGCCGUGUGCUCUGCCAUUUCCUCAGCAGCCAGCAACUGGACAGCGUCUGCUGGCAGCGGGACGGCCGCCUGAUCGUCAGCUGCCAUUCCGACGGCAGCUACUGCCAGUGGGCCGUGUCCGCCGACACCCAGCCGCUGGAGCCCGUGCGCAGCUGCGUGCCUUACGGUCCCUUCCCGUGCAAAGCUAUCACCAAGAUCUUCUGGCUGACCACCAAGCAGGGGCUGCCCUUCACCAUCUUCCAGGGCGGCAUGCCCCGGGCCAGCUAUGGGGACCGCCACUGCAUCUCGGUGGUCCACAAUGGCCAGCAGACGGCCUUCGACUUCACUUCGCGGGUCAUCGACUUCACCGUCCUCUCGGAAGUGGACCCUGCAGCGGCCUUCGAUGACCCCUGUGCCCUGGUGGUGCUGGCCGAGGAGGAGCUGGUGGUGAUCGACCUGCAGACGGCCGGCUGGCCGCAGGUGCAGCCCCCCUACCUGGCCUCCCUGCACUGCUCCGCCAUCACCUGCUCCCACCACGUCUCCAACAUCCCCCUGAAGCUGUGGGAGCGGAUCAUCGCCGCCGGCAGCUGCCAGAACACACACUUCUCGCCCAUGGAGUGGCCCAUUGACGGUGGCACCAGCCUGGCCCCCACCCCGCCCCAGAGAGACCUGCUGCUCACAGGGCACGAGGACGGCACGGUGCGGUUCUGGGACGCCUCGGGCGUCUGCCUGCGGCUGCUCUACAAGCUCAGCACGGUGCACGUGUUCUUCACCGACUCGGACCCCAGCGAGCACCUCGGCGCCCAGGGCGAGGACGAGUGGCCCCCGCUCCGCAAGGUGGGCUCCUUCGACCCCUACAGUGACGACCCCCGGCUGGGCAUCCAGAAGAUCUUCCUCUGCAAAUACAGCGGCUACCUGGCUGUGGCGGGCACGGCGGGGCAGGUGCUGGUGCUGGAGCUGAACGACGAGGCGGCGGAGCACUCCGUGGAGCAGGCGGAGGCCGACCUGCUGCAGGAGCAGGAGGGCUACCGCUGGAAGGGCCACGAGCGCCUGUGCGCCCGCCCAGGCCCCGUGCGCUUCGAGCCCGGCUUCCAGCCCUUCGUCCUGGUGCAGUGCCAGCCCCCGGCUGUGGUCACGUCCCUGGCGCUGCACUCCGAGUGGCGGCUCGUGGCCUUCGGCACCAGCCACGGCUUCGGCCUCUUCGACCACCAGCAGCGGCGGCAGGUCUUCGUCAAGUGCACGCUGCACCCCAGCGACCAGCUAGCCUUAGAGGGGCCCCUGUCCCGCGUGAAGUCCCUGAAGAAGUCCCUGCGCCAGAGUUUCCGCCGGAUACGCCGCAGCCGGGUGUCCAGCCGGAAGCGGCGGCCAGCGGGGCCCGCGGGAGAGACGCAGGAAGGGGGCGCCCGGGCGGAGCGGGCGGGCCUGCAGAACAUGGAGCUGGCGCCCGUGCAGCGCAAGAUCGAGGCCCGCACGGCGGAGGACUCCUUCACGGGCUUCGUGCGGACGCUCUACUUCGCCGACACCUACCUGAGGGACAGCUCCCGCCACUGCCCCUCGCUGUGGGCCGGCACCAACGGGGGCACCGUCUACGCCUUCGCCCUGCGCGUGCCCCCCGCCGAGCGGAGAGCAGACGAACCCGUGCGGGCGGAGCAGGCCAAGGAGAUCCAGCUGAUGCACCGGGCGCCCGUGGUGGGCAUCCUGGUGCUGGACGGGCGCGGCGUGCCCCUUCCCGAGCCCCUGGAAGUGGCACACGACCUGUCCAAGAGCCCGGACAUGCAGGGGGGCCACCAGCUGCUCGUCGUGUCGGAGGAGCAGUUCAAGGUCUUCACGCUGCCCAAGGUGAGCGCCAAGCUGAAGCUGAAGCUGACCGCCCUGGAGGGCUCGCGGGUGCGGCGGGUCAGCGCGGCCCACUUCGGCAGCUGCCGCGCCGAGGACUACGGGGAGCACCACCUGGCCGUCCUCACCAACCUGGGCGACAUCCAGGUCGUGUCCCUGCCCCUGCUCAAGCCCCAGGUGCGUUACAGCUGCAUCCGCCGGGAGGACGUCAGCGGCAUCGCCUCCUGCGUCUUCACCAGACACGGCCAAGGUUUCUACCUGAUCUCACCGUCGGAGUUUGAGCGCUUCUCUCUGUCCACCAAAUGGCUGGUGGAGCCCCGGUGUCUGGUGGACUCAGCAGAAACCAAGAACCACAGCCGUCCCCGCAACGGGUCAGGCCCCGAGAAGGGCUGGGGCCGAGCCAGGAACUCAGGGAGCCAGAGUGACGGAGAGGAGAGGAGCCCCGGCACCGUGAUGGAGCACGCCCUGCUCAACGACGAGCGGGUCCUGAAGGAGAUCCAGAGCACGCUGGAGGGGGACCGCCGGAGCUAUGGCGAUUGGCGUUCUCAGCAAGUGGCCAUGAGGACGCGCCUGAGCUGCUGUCACUCUCCCUCCUUCCGCAGUGGAGUGAGCGGGCCGCGUGUCCAGGCCGCGCGGUGAACACACACUACUGAGGGCCCCUCCUCGGGCCGCGGGGCCGCCAGGAGAGGCCCGUGCGCCGGGCCGGGCUGCGGGCUGGGGCCCCCUCAGCUCCCUCCCUGCUGCUGCUCCCGGCCUCGGGGGAAGAGGGGCCCUGGGGCCGCCCCUCCCCCGGCCUGGUCCGUCUCCGUCAUUUUGUCAAUGUUGCACAGUUUUUAUCAUUGUCCCCCACCCCCGCUUUUCGUAGUGGGCUGGGUUUUAAAUUAUAAAUUUUAACUGCCUCUGGGUGAAAGAGUUUUUAAUAAACACCUUAUUACCUCCUC